GUUUGAAGUUCUACGCUGACAAAGUUAUCUACCGAAUGAUGUAACGUUAUCUCGAGAUAAACGCAAAUAUUCAUCAAUUCCGCCAAUUUUGCCUGACAUUUUGCCACAUCUAAUAUCCUGAGCCAAAAGCCAUUAUUCAUUUAUUCAGUGUAUUAUGCCUAAUUAGUGGAACAGGUGACCAGACUGGUAAAUAGUCGGGUCUAUGUUACAGUUUACUUCCAUGUGUGAAAAGUUUUCAACUAAAAUGCAGUUUAAAAUGCUGAAGAAUGUAAAAUUAAUUGAAAGUUGUUUACUUUUUUGGGCUAGCCCCUAUAAAUGCCACUGCUGACUACAUAAUCAGUAGUGCAUUGCGACUGCUUCACGUUACAUUUGCGACUUCCUCAAACGAUUUUUGGCGUAACGUAAGUAACCGCGACUUGCUUCCAGUAUACAACUCAGGUACCAGCGACUUCAAUGCAAGUGGGACAAAAUGUUCAAUAAAAAGCCCCGGAGGAACUUUCGGCAGAGAAAAGCGAACUCCAGUGAGGAGGAGGACGAGGAGAAGAACAACGGUGAUGGAGAGGAAAAUGAGAAAGCUCCAGUUGUGGUAAAUAAGCCGUUCAGUCUGGCCCAGGGCCGCGGCAUCUCUUGCAGUUCCAAGCGGGAAGCGACGCCUCCCAAGCCGGACAGCAGUGACGGAGAAGACGGGGAGACGUUGGGAGUGCCAGAAGAGAGAAAGAACGACGGGGAUGGGAUUAAAAAGAAAACCAACUCCGUCCUCAGUUUCUCUGACGACAAAGCUGAUGGGCCAGUGUUUAAAGUGAAGAAGUCCACUGAUAAAGCUGUGCUGUUCCAAGUAAGGAGAAAGGAGCCUUCACCUGCCAAGACCACCCACAGCACAGCCCCGGCAGGUGGAGGUGUCCCACCAUCUAGUUCUUUUAGGCAAGAUUAUGACAGUCAGGCUUCACCACAUGCUCAGCACCACAAUGAUGACGAUGAUGACGAUGACAGCGACAGUGGUAGUGAUGAAGUUGGUGUCAGGUCUCCCUCAGUUAGCUCGACUUCAGACUCCAGCCACUCAGCUACUAAACCAGCAGUUAUCCCUAAUGCUGAAGAGAUCCAGGCAGCCAGAAGGAGGCGUCACGCCAUCCGAACCCAAAAAGAGUUCAUUCCUUUGGGUAGAGAUGGCCAGAGUUCCGCUGGUAGCACCCCGGACCACUACAGCAGAGACGAUAACGAAGAUAGAGAUGAUGAUGAUGAGCCAGAUGAUCAUGAGAGAAGAAUCGAGUUCGCCCCACGAUUGAAGAGCAUCAGGGAAAGGAUUGCGGAGAAACUUGGAGGAAGUGAUGGCAGUCUCUCAGGAACCGAUGGAGAAGAGCAAGAACUUUGGGAGGAGACACAAAUUGGGAAGGGAGUCAAGAGACGUCCAGGAGAAGAGAGCCCAUCUGGCAGUGACUCCAGCUGCUACAGCAGUUACAGCAACAGCAGUCGCAGCAGGCCAGACAGGCGAAGACAAAAGAAGACAUCAGCAGGGGUCAGAAUCCCAAAGACUCUUCCUCCCAUCAGUCUCUCAAUGGUCAAGAAGAGGAUAACCGGAAAACUAGACUCUCUGAAGGAGGUGCACAGAGCACGGCAGGCAGAGCUGAGGAGGAUGGAGUACGAUGUUGAGAGUGCUAAAACCUCAGUGGAGACCCUGGGGGAAAGUUCCUCAGAAAGCCAGCUGAAGUUUUACAGGGCCAUGACCCUCUAUGUCCACAACCUAGUGGAGUGUCUAAGGGAGAAGGUUGUUGAGAUCAACUCACUGGAAUUGGAGUUGCACACUCUGCUGUCUGACCAGAUGGAGGCGCUGUUGGUGCAGAGAAGACAGAGGACCAAGGAGCAGGCUGACAGCCUGCAGCAGCUCAGCUAUUGCACAGAUGAACAGAGUGGAAACUCAGGCAAUGGAACAGAAACUCAAAGUGAGGCAGACACUGUUGUUAAAACUGAGGAUGACUCUGAUAUACCUGAAGACACACAGCUUUCAGCAGAGGAGGAGGAGCAGCUGCAGAAGAAGACAGCUGAUAUCCUCUUGAGGUCCCAGGCAGUGUUUUCUGACGUCCAGGACGAGUUCUGCAACGUUAAGAAGAUUCUGUCCCGCUUUGAAGAAUGGAGAGGAUCUUACUCAGACUCUUACUACAGUGCCUACAUCUCUCUGUGUCUGCCCAAAUUGAUGAACCCCAUCAUAAGACAUCAGCUGUUGGGGUGGAACCCACUAAAGAAUGAUAGUGGGGACUUUGAAAACCUCCCAUGGUUCACAGCAGUGGAAACCUUUUGCCACGGUCAUGGCCACGAGGAGCUAGAGCGCACAGAUAGACAGACACUGUCUAAUGUCAUAGAAAAGACUGUCCUACCCAAAAUAACAGCCUAUGUGGAGCUGGUGUGGGAUCCCAUGUCCUGCCAUCAGUCAGUUUGUCUAUCUGAUGUCUGCCACACACUGAAGGAGGACUAUUCCAUCUUUGAAGGAGAGCAGAGUAAACCGGUCAAGAUAUUGGUGGAGGCUGUGAUCGGCCGACUGAGGAGUUGUGUAGAUGAAGAUGUCUUCAUCCCUCUGUACCCCAAAAAGUUCCUAGAAGACCGGUCGUCCCCUCAGUGCCGCUUCAGGGAUCAACAGUUCUGGGCGGCCAUAAAGCUACUAGGUAACAUGGGGAAAUGGGAUUCGCUACUUCCAGAGUCUGUGUUGAAGGAACUGAUGUUGGACAAACUGCUGAACCGAUACCUGAUGAUCACCCUGUGCAGUCAGACACUGCACAACAACGCUGUCCAUGCCUGCAGAAAGAUAGCAGAAAGUCUGCCGCUCUCUUGGCUCAAAGGAGAAACUGUCUGUUUGCCUCAGCUCCAGAACUUCGGAAGCCACCUAGUUCAGAAAGUUCAUACCAUCUGCAAACAGCAGCAUCCUGAAGACCCAAACACUAGGUCUGCUGUGGUUGAGGUGCUCCAGAUUUUGAGCAGAAUCAGGUGCAAUGACUCAAUCAUGGCAAUAGCAGAUCAAUACCACUAUGAAGAUGUCAUCUACUCUCACCAGCUGCUGAACCAAGAAACACUAUGAACAACAAAUGUGGACUGGAAUCAAACAGCCAAAAUAAUACACUGUCAUUUUGAAAGCAGUUGUUGAGGAUAUUGUACAGCGGGAGAGGAACUGAGUGGGCUCUGUCUGGUGUAAAAAAAAAUAGCUGAGCUGGAUCGUGUAUGUUCCAAGAGCCACAAGGUUAAUGAUGCCUUUUUCUGGUGGAUAGCCACUGCUAGUCAGACCAGCACUCUGACCAAAAUACAGAUUGAAAAAAUGAGGUGGCAAUAUAUGGAAAAUGAACGGUCCAAGAUACCUUCAGGAAACUGAAAUAUUAUGGGGAAAAGAACUAGUGUUCUGGCUACUUUUAGUUGAACACUUUACUGUCUGUUUUGUACAGGAGAUAACUGUAUUUUCAAUAAUAAAUAUUUCAGCUUUGUU